CGGGCUAAUGAAAGUUUUUGGGGAAGACAGAAGAAGGAAAGAGAAAAUCGAAAAAGGAACAAAGUUUCCAUGCGCUAAGAGAAAACCUUAAUCGGAUUCAACGCUCUCUUUCUUUCUCUCUCCAAAAAGCUAUUGGAAAAUGGUGAAGAAAAAGGUUCUGGACUGGCUUACCAGCUCGCUCUGGUCCACAACUCCAUCUUCCGACGACGAUCAGUCCCGCUGUUACGCCUCCAAACCCUCUCCGAUCGCCACCUCCGCCGGCUACGAUGUCUCCGAGCCUCCUGCCGUUGACCCACCUGUCCCUGUACGUCCUCCCUCAGUCGUCGCGAAACGAGAGUCUUCCAAGCCCGAAAUUCAAGAUUCAAACCCUAGCGAUGAAGAUAACAGUAAUGGCGUUUCUUCACUUCGUAUAUCUUAUUGUUUUCAUCGUUACGGAUGAAAACUUCCUAAUAUUUUUGGCAGAAAGAAGACGGAAAGUUGGAUUACCGCCGGAGGAUACUUCAGCUGCUAAAUCUUCAGCACCUGUCGUGGAAGAGAAAAAGCUGCAGAGCUUUUUACCGAUUAUGCCUGCCACCAAAGUAGAGCAAAUGAGAGAAUGUCUGCGUUCUCUUAAGCAGAACCACAAGGAGAAUGUUGCAAAAGUGAAGAGAGCAUUUCAGACUCUAAACAUUUGUAGGAAAUGUCGCCAAAAAUCCAGGAAAGGAUUGGGGUGAUGAGAGGCAGAAUCGAGUUUCUGGAGCUCUGUGGGUUUGAGAAACAACAAGGGGGCGAGUUCCUGAUUCUAUCCAGGGACAAGGUUGACAGGGUGGUGCUUAAUUCAGCUGGGUCUGAACUGGACCCUGCAAUAAAGAAUCCCUUUUUUGGAGUUCUUUUAAGUCCAAAGAGAGAAUUCAUCAGAUGUAAAAUGGAUGUUUAAUUAAAUAAUAAUAAUAAUUAUGUUCUCGUUCUUUUUGUUUGUAUGCAUUUUCCGUUUUAUUUUAGGGCGUGUUUGUUACACUGGACAGGCCAGGUGAGGACAAAUCACAGACCCAGUCCGGUGUUUGGGAAGCAAAAUGGGAGAACGGGACAACUUAUCCCCGUUUGCUCAACUUAUCCCCCUCGAGGAGGACUGACCUGAGACAUCGAAACACUUGGGUCACUUUUGUUCCUGCACUCUUCGAAGCAACUCUCAUCCUUCCACUGGAAGGUGUCUCUUGCCAGACCGUUCUUCGUGGCUCUUCAAUUUCUUGCUGGACCGUUCUCCUCGUCUCUCCGAUUUGAAACCCCCGAUUAUUAAGAUGGCUCGGUUGAAGUUCAUGGUUCCCUUGCUUUUCUCGUUUGUCUGAUCUUACCUCUGACCCAAGCCAACAACGUCCGUUAUUGCGCAUGGAUAAAAAGGCUGAAUAUGAUGUCAAGGUUAAAGCAGUUGAUAUAUCUCCUUAUCCUAUCGCAAGAGGCAAGCCGACCACCUUCAGCAUUUCUGCAACUACAGGUGCUCUCUGCCAAAUUGCUUAUCUUCUUGUU